GCGCGGGCGGGGCGCUUUUUGCGGAAGCUGGCGGCGUCCGGUCCGGUCUUCUCUGGGAGCGGGCAGCUGGCCACCCCGCGCUGACCCGCGCAGCUCUGUCCCGAUCCCCGAGUUCUCACACGGUGCCCGGACAGAUUGAAGCCAUGGCCAUUCUUUUUGCUGUUGUUGCCAGGGGAACCACUAUCCUUGCCAAACAUGCUUGGUGUGGAGGCAACUUCCUGGAGGUGACAGAGCAGAUUCUGGCUAAGAUACCUUCUGAAAAUAACAAGCUAACGUACUCACAUGGCAAUUAUUUGUUUCAUUACAUCUGCCAAGACAGGAUUGUAUAUCUUUGUAUCACUGAUGAUGAUUUUGAGCGUUCCCGAGCCUUUAAUUUUCUGAAUGAGAUAAAAAAGAGGUUCCAGACUACAUAUGGUUCAAGAGCACAAACAGCGCUCCCAUAUGCCAUGAAUAGUGAGUUCUCAAGUGUCUUGGCUGCACAGCUGAAGCAUCACUCCGAGAAUAAGGGCCUAGAUAAAGUGAUGGAGACUCAAGCCCAAGUGGAUGAACUUAAAGGAAUCAUGGUCAGAAACAUAGAUCUGGUAGCUCAGCGAGGCGAAAGAUUGGAAUUAUUGAUAGAUAAAACAGAAAAUCUCGUGGACUCGUCUGUCACCUUCAAAACAACCAGCAGAAAUCUUGCCCGAGCCAUGUGUAUGAAGAAUCUCAAGCUCACUGUCAUCAUCAUCAUCAUAUCAGUCGUAUUCAUCUAUAUUAUUGUGUCACCUCUCUGUGGUGGAUUUACAUGGCCAAGUUGUGUGAAGAAAUAAAGUUAUCAUUAACCAAGGAUAUGAGAGAACAAGGAGUUAAAAGCAAUCCGUGUGAUUCAAGCCUUUUAAUACUGACAGAUGGUGUCUGCCAGUCUCUUCAAAGCUCUUCUUUCUCUUUUUUUUAAUACUGUUCUAUGCCUCCAGAUUUAUCUUUGUCCUAUCAACCAGUUUAUUCCAGUGCACUUCAGACUGAGCCAUUUAUUGCAGCAGUAGCCUUAAAAAGGCAUUUUGUUUCUUUGGUUUGUUAACUAGUGUCAUCUACUUACAGAAACAGUUUUGUUUAUAAUUGCACAAAGCUAUCACCAAGGUAGAAACCACCUGUCUUAUGGAUGACCUUUGUGGACACAAAAGUUCAAGAGACAUAUAGUAUUGCUAACAUCUCAUCUUAACGUCAUUUGAUUUUGAAGGGUUUUAGGUGCUUGAAAAUCAUAUACAAGAAGAAUUUUUGUUAUUUGGGGAAUUGUAAUUAAAUUGUUGGUGUUUCUAGGAGCCUGAGCGGGUAAAGUAUUAAACAUUUGAUCUCAGUCAGAUGAGGAAUGUUUUGCUAGCCUAUUAGAAGCACAUAGAAGUAUUCUUGUCUGCCUAUUAUUAACUUUUAUGAAGAAAGUUUUGAUCAUUCACAAACCUCGCAGAGCUUCGUAUCCUCUGAUUCCCCAUUGCGGUUGAUUUGAGAAGACCAUGGUUUAAAUAUUGUUGAAGGUUGUAGUUUUUUUAUGUAUUCCUUUUUCUUUGGUGCAUAUUUAGGGCGAUUGUAUACAUAAUAGAAUGGGUAGUGGAGGGGGUGGGGAGGCACAUUCCUCUGGCUCACCAAAGAAGAAGAGAACCACCAUGGAUAUGCUAGCAUUUCAGCGGUAUGAACGGAGGCAGUGUGGGGAAGUUUUUCCAGCCUGGGAAAAGCCCAAACUGAAUAUAGUCAACAGUCAACUCCAGGGUUUGGGUUUGACUGGUGCUGAAUAAUAGUUUAAGCAUCCUUUGUGGUUUAGUAAGUUCUUUAAUCCGCCUAGCUUUGAAGAAUUCUUUAGUGAAACUUGAGAGUAGACAGUAUGAUGUAUAGAAACCAUACAAGACAUUUUAGCUAACGUCCAUGUAACUGCAGUGUGAAAAAAACGGGAAUGUCAUCAUACUGCUUUGGCUACUCUGGCAUCUGUUAGCUAGUGUGUACUUUGGGUGUGUAUCUGAAAGGACAACAUUUGCUGCCCUAGAUCUGAUUGCAUUUAUUUAUCAAUAAAUGCCAGUAAAUGGAAGUUACAUUUGACUCUUUUCCCAAUGAAAGAACAAAUUGGUCUGUGAAACCUCGCCACCUGUUUAGCCUGGUCAUGUGCCUUGAAUAGAUAUGUGUCACAUACUCUGGCACCUGCUACCUGUUCUUCCUUCUAAGCCUUUCAAUUCAUGCUGAUUCAUUUAUUUGACAUAUAUUUUUAACCCACUGGAAUUCUUUUCCUGGUGAUCAUAUAUAGUGCAAAUGUUUUUUCAGUCCUCUUUAUCAACACUAAUGCCUUUUAAUUACAUCAGCAUUUCCUGUUGGAAAACACAUUUGUUCCAUGAAAACAUUCGGCAUUCCUUAAUAAUAAAUUCCAAAUGUCUUUAAUCCAAAGAAAAAGACUUAAAGCUUAUUUCCCUUUCUUAUACACACCUGAAUAAAAAUGAUGUGCAUGUUUUAGGGGUAAAUUACUUAACCAUCCCUUGGUCUAUUUAUGUAUAAGAAUGCUUUUUAAAGCACAUAUCUUGUUUUAAAUGAUGCACAAACUGAAGGCAUUAAUAAAAUUUAAGAGUAAUAC